AUGUCAGGCAAGAAAGUCCUAGUUCUUGGUGGAACCGGCCCAGCAGGUGUUUGCCUGUUGCGAGAGCUUGUUCAUCGCAACCAUGCAACUAUCCUACUAGCCAGAUCUCCCUCAAAACUACCCAACGACUUGGCAUCCAGCUCUCUCCUCGAGAUAAUUGAAGGGGAGAUGAGCGACACGAAAGCCCUAGACUCAGCAAUGGCUCGAAUUUCCGUAGUCAUAUCUCUCCUCGGGCCGAAUAUCAACGACAAGCACAUUGACCCUUCUCUUUACGCCGACAUCUACCGCAACUGCGUCUUCCCAGCAAUGAAGCAACACAGCGUCAGACGAAUUGUCGCCAUGGGUACAAUCUCAAUCAAGCAGCCCGAAGACCAAUGGACGUUCUUUCAGACCAUGAUCACGAUCAUAAUGCCUUUUCUGAAUAGCGCUGUGUACCGCAAUAUGCAUAAUCUCGCUCGCUUGUUCAGUAAAGAGGGUCACGAUCUUGACUGGACUCUCUUUCGUAUAGCACAGAUCCCUGGAGAAUCUGAUGACGAUAGCUGGAGACGUGACCGGAAUCUUGAGGUGUUCACUGGAUCGAUAGGAGAAAAGGGGUGGACAACAAGUCUAAGACGGGGCGCACUAGCUCGAUGGCUCGUGGAUGCUGUCGAAGGUAAGAUGGACGCUUGGAUCAAUAAGAUGCCUGGGAUCAGUCAACUAGCAGUCGCGUGA